AUGGCGCUACUACUAUGGCAAACUCUGAAAGAAGCGAUACAUGCUUACACAGGUCUCUCUCCGGUUGUCUUCUUCACCGCCCUCGCUCUCGCCUUCGCCGUCUACCAAGUCGUCUCAGGCUGGUUUGCAUCGCCGUUCGACGAUGUUCGGCGACAUCAGAGAGCUAGAUCGGCUGCUGAAGAGGAGGAGCCACCGAUUCCUAAGCCUGUUCAACUCGGUGAGAUCACUGAAGAGGAGCUUAAGCAGUACGAUGGCUCCGAUCCUCAAAAGCCCCUUCUCAUGGCCAUCAAACAUCAGAUCUAUGACGUCACUCAAAGCAGGAUGUUCUAUGGACCAGGAGGACCAUAUGCGUUGUUUGCAGGGAAAGACGCAAGCAGAGCUCUUGCAAAGAUGUCGUUUGAAGAGAAAGAUCUGACUUGGGAUAUCUCUGGUCUUGGUCCCUUUGAGCUAGAAGCUCUUCAAGACUGGGAGUACAAGUUCAUGAGCAAGUAUGCCAAGGUUGGUACUGUUAGAGUCGCCGGUGCAGAAGCAGCCGAAACCGCAUCUGUGUCUGAACCCGUUGAGGCUGCGGCCCCUGAGAAGGCCGUUGUGGAUAAGAGUGAUGAGGCUUCUCCUGCUGAGAGUGAUGUGAAGAAGGAGGAGUAG